CAUCUCAUCUCUCUCCCUCUCCCCUUUUUCUCCACCACCGGCCGCCGCCACAGCCAGGCCGACGUGGUGGUGCGCCUCUGCCAUCCAUCCAUCCACGAGAACACCACCUCCAGCACCACAUCACCCAUCUCCAUCCACCAGCGCCACCGCGCCAUCACCAGCAUCCACCAGCACCGAUCCAUCAACGCCGCCACCAGCACCGCCUCGCCACCCAUCUCCCUGCUGCUCCUCCACCUUUCUUCUCCUCCUAACCCUACUGCUGCUCUUCUUCUUCUUCUUCUUCUUCCCCUUGCUGCUGUUGCCUUUCUUCUUCCUCAUCUCCACCAUACUGCUGCUCCUACAGCCCUUCUUCUCCCACGACGUACUCUGAACCCCAUACUGCUACUACUUUCCACCCGCUGCUGCUUCCUCUCUCCCCAUCUCUGAUGUUCCCUUUCCCUUCCUGCCGCUCCUCCUCCUCUUCCUCUGCUUCUUUGCUUCUUUUCUGAACUAUAAUCCCGCUGCUGUUCUCUCUCUCUCUCUCUCUCUCUCUCUCUCUCUCUCUCUCUCUCUCUCUCUCUCUCUCUCUCUCUCUCUCUCUCUCUCUUAUCUCAAACUGCUGUAAACUUUAGAAGUGUAAUGUUCAGAAUUUUGUAAUGUUCAGGGUUGUGUAAUGUUCAGACUUGACAAGUUCUAGAAACUCGUUAUUUGUUCAUUUUAGUACCUGUAUAAUAAAGUACUUGUUAUGUUGGACCUGACUAGUUGAGGCCUUGUUAAUUUGGGUGAUAAUUGAUCUAUUAGAAUGUGCUUCUGUGUAUUACUAUUCUGCUAGUAUAUGUGCAUGUUCACCUUGUGUACUAAUCCCCUUUCCUAGUUAUCUUCCAGUACUUGUCAACUUUGUGCGUGUUUGAUUUUCAGUCCAUAUGUUAGCUCAAGUACCUGUGCCAUAUAAAUAUAUGUGUGUGCUUGUGAUUUAAAUAAUCUAUUUUCUGUUCAGUAAUUCAUACGCUUGCUAGAUAUAUAUGGUCAUGUCUUUUGACUUCCCUUGUCACUGAUGUUAGCCUUUCAGUUUCUAUAAUAAUAUGAAAAUACCAAAAAGUCAGAGUAAAGAUAAUCUUCAUCUCCCUUUGCUUCUGUCAUUUUCUUUGUUGAUGAUCCUUGUCAGUGUUAGGUUUAUUUUCUGUUUUCAUCAUUCAAUUGGGUCACCUAGCUUUAGUCGAACGUAGUUGCCGUCGCCUAGUCCCUGUGGAGAACACGACAUCCGUAGAUUGGGGCGUAAAAACCCCGCUAUACUUUCAAUUGAUCAUUUUGGCACCGUUGCCGGGGACUAGCGUCGAGCGAUUGUGUUAGGCUAUAGACUAGGUUUUUCUUCUUUUUCUAGUUUUUGCCAUAUAUUUGUGAUAUAUCUCUAAUCACUAACCCCUGUUCUAGUUAGUAUCUUUUUUGUUUUCUUUUGCUUUUUGCAGGUUAGAACUAUCUUCUCGGUUAUGGUUUACUAUUCAGAUCAUCAGGCUUAUGCGAGCAACACUACAAACAACACAGAAAGUAUUCAAUAACUGAUAAGUAAGAUUUCCCAUCAAUUAGAUGAUUUAGCUCAGCAGCGAGGAGUAGUUUUUGAGGAUAGGCCUAGUUCUUAUUAUUCUUAUUCCGGAGGCAAUCCUUAUGUUGCUCCUACAUGCCAUAUUUGUGGAUUUCAGGGCCAUUUGCCCGCUGAAUGUCAGCGUGGUUACUCUCACACUCCAGAUUGUUUUGGCAUGAGCUUCGCUCAAGAGCAUAGCUCAUACCAAAACAAUUACUCACAUGGGUGGCCUGAAAACCCGAAUAUGUCAUAUAGGAGCAACAACCCUGAGAUCUCAUCGUUUGCUUCUAGUAAUCAUAUGCAGGGAUUUAGGUAUGAAGAGGAGAGCCACAACCAUGCACCACAACAAUUUUAUUCACCUCCUACUCAUAUACCUCAAUACCAGGAGAUGUGUCCAAUGGAGUUAAAUGGUCCUCCAUUUGGUCAACCAACAACUCCAGCACCUUUUGUGCAAUCUCAUGUGCAAGUGCCCGCACAAGAUGAGUUCGAUGACAUAGACAAGCUCACACUUUUGAGUCUCGAGUUCACUUGGAGUGCCGAGGAUGAUCCUAUUAGGAAGGUUAUACUAGAUGAAAUGAAGAAGAUCAAGAGUGGAAAAGAGCUAGUGGAAGAAGUAAGGAAGAUUGAGAAGAACAUCAACGCUGGCAGCACUAUUUCUUCACAGCUAGAGCUGAGUGUUGCCGAGAUUUCCCUUGAUACAUGUGAGGUUCCAACACCGUCACAUCCAGUUGAGCAAGAUAGCAAGAGUCCAGAGGAAGAAAGACCUCAGAUUGAAGAAGAUGAACUAGAAGACAAGGAACAAGAUGAUCAAGAGCUGCAAUUCCCAAGUGAUCAAGUUGAAGACUCAUCAUCUACUACUCCUGAAGAAGUACAAGAAGCUGCUGUAGAUGAAGAUGAAGAACAUGAGAUUCAUUUGCCUAUUGUCAUACCAGAGCGUGAUGUGUCAGGUUUACCCAAUCCUCUUGAUGACAUGAUGCCUUGUGAUUUCUUUGCUACUACCUUGCAUUACAUGAUACCAUCACUUAAGAUUGAUUUGAAAACUCAUUUGCUUGGAUAUGAUGAUAUAUACCCUGUUAGUGGCAUUACUCUCAUUUGUGAUGAUCAUAGUUACUUUCCUCGUGCUAGUCCUAUGCUUAAUGAAACAUAUCAUUCACAUGCUAGUCUUGAGCUUAAUGAUAAAUAUCAUCCUCAUGUUAGUGUUGACCUUGCUGAUUUCUACCAUCCUAAACAUGUGCUUUAUAGCUAUGCUUAUGUAAUUGGAUAUUCGAUUGAUGACUUGGAGGGUAUUAUCCCUACCACUUGCAUUGUCUCUUUGGUUGAGUGCUCUUUCAGGUUGUUGCUUGUGCACGAUCCACUACAUGCUGACCAAGUUCGAGAUGACAUUCCCUGGGACCCUGGUGGACCCAUGGCAUGGGGAUGAGGAGAAGCAAGGAGCACACAUGAAGAGAGAAGCUGGAGCAGGCAUGAGGAUAGGGAAGCAAAAGGAGAGGAGUCGCAAUGCACGAGGAUGUGAGAGUGAUCGAGCGAGACCUACAUCAUAUAAACCCGAAAUGUGUGCAAAGGCACUAUAAAUCUUCAAGAUCCGGACUAAGUGGCUAAGAGAACGAAGAAGAGGAGGAAGAAUGGACCUGACCGUGAAGAAAAGAAGCAAUCAGAGGGGCCAAGCUAUAGAUGGCAGGAUCAACUUGGGAAGAAAGAAGAGAAGUAGGAGGGCCAAACCGCAAAGUGGCAGAUCAGGGAGGGGAUCAAAAUCCCUAGGUGGCCUUCGAUCCCCUUGGGCCUGGCACAUCUCAUCUCUCUCCCUCUCCCCUUCUUCUCCACCACCGGCCUCCGCCACAGCCAGGCCGGCGUGGUGGUGCGCCUCUGCCAUCCAUCCAUCCACGAGCACACCACCUCCAGCACCACAUCACCCAUCUCCAUCCACCAGCGCCACCGCGCCAUCACCAGCAUCCACCAGCACCGAUCCAUCAACGCCGCCACCAGUGCCGCCUCGCCACCCAUCUCCCUGCUGCUCCUCCACCUUUCUUCUCCUCCUAACCCUACUGUUGCUCUUCUUCUUCUUCCCCUUGCUUCUGUUGCCUUCCUUCUUCCUCACCUCCACCAUACUGCUGCUCCUGCAGCCCUUCUUCUCCCAUGGCGUACUCUAAACCCCAUACUGCUACUACUUUCCACCCGCUGCUACUUCCUCUCUCCCCAUCUCUGCUGUUCCCUUUCCCUUCCUGCCGCUCCUCCUCCUCUUCCUCUGCUUCUUUGCUUCUUUUCUGAACUAUAAUCCCGCUGCUGUUCUCUCUCUCUCUCUUAUCUCAAACUGUUGUAAACUUUAGAAGUGUAAUGUUCAGAAUUUUGUAAUGUUCAGGGUUGUGUAAUGUUCAGACUUGACAAGUUCUAGCAACUCGUUAUUUGUUCAGUUUAGUACCUGUAUAAUAAAGUACUUGUUAUGUUGGACCUGACUAGUUGAGGCCUUGUUAAUUUGGGUGAUAAUUGAUCUAUUAGAAUGUGCUUCUGUGUAUUA